AUGAAUGUAGCAAAGCUCCACGAGGCACUGGUCAGCGGACUCAGCAGCAUUGUGGACACUUGGUGGACCGAUGAACAGGCUGCGUUCCCCCGGCGGAUGCCACUCGAACCACACGAGGAAGAUCUUCUACGCUGGCUGCAUGAGCAAUGCGAAGCGAAUAAUCUGAGGCCAUUCAAGAAUUGCCAGGGACACUGGCGAUCUGAUCUUCUUCUUCCUUCGGACCACCCAGGUACUGUCAAGAUCUGUGAGAUCAACGCACGUUACUCCAUCAAUGCACAGCUCCUUGCAGCCUACGGCUAUCAGUACCGGACACCCUAUAUUGAGAUGUUCGUCUCUUUUGCCGAACAAAGUGGUAGGGUUAGUGCGAUUAUAAUCAAGCCGGUAGAUCUUCGAUUGAUCAGGAGCAACAACUCGAAGACCAGAUAUGACCUUUACUGUCUGUCCGACAGGGACUGUCCCGACAUGGUCAGCACAGACGGUGAGCGCCUGGACCGUGUGUAUCAAACCGGGCUUCAACUAUUCCAGCAUGAAUUGCGCUCUAUUCCGACAGACAUUCUGCGGCAUCUUGCGUUGCACUCUGUCAAUGAUUUAAGAAGCGUUCUUCUCAUUCACGAUAAGCGGAUCCUUGGGGUACUCCUCCAAGAGCUUGACAGCCUUGUCAGCAAGCAAGUCCUGACGGCAGAACAAGCAGCGAUCAUUCGGCACGGCGUCGUACCUACCAUCAACCCUGGGUCUCCGGAGCUGAGCGGAUUGAUCGACCAGCAGAGUCGAUCCCUGAUUCAUAAAGACAAUUAUAUCAUCAAGCCAGUUCGGAGUGGCUGA